GACUGAUGUUCAAAUGACAUGAUCUUGCUCUCGCCCCAUUAUAUGUUUCAGCAGGUAUCUAAUCAACAUCUAAUAGCCAAUGACCAGUCAUGACGUACUUGCGCUACUGGACGUCGUCCGUCUACGAUGCUGACCGAGGCCGCCCGAGGCCGCCCGUCCUUCGAGAUGCGAUAGUGUGUUGGACAACAAGCAGGUCCACGAACGGUCAGGAGACGGGAUAUCCGGAGAUAUAUAAGCACCAAGUCUGACACACGCGAGUCGACGAUUUCACCCGCUUUUGAGCGCGUUUCGUGCAACAUUUAUCCUCCUACUGACAACCGGAGUUCGUUGCUGAAGAUGGUCACCGUCGAGCUCUUAAUUGUAGACCUGAGGGACGGCGUCGACUUACAGUCGCCCGCAUACAACCGACUUCGCGAGGCCGCCGCCAAAGCCGGACUCACUCGCCAAUACUACGGCAGCCCUAUCGAGGAUACGAAGAAGCUGUACUGGGUUCUGCCCUUUGACCAAGGAUUCGAGCCAAAGGACUUGGUGUGGCCGGAGCAAGAGUACGGCAACUUCUUCAAAGAGGUGCAGAACAUUGCUACAGCCGAGCCCAUCUCGUACUUCGUCCCCUUCGACGGGUUUCCUGAGGAGCUCGCCGCCGCGCCCGUCACGGAAUUCGCCGUGUGUACUUUGAAAGGCGACGUCGAGGCAUACAAAAAAGCACAGGAAGCCGCUAUCGAAGAACUGCACAAGGCACCAGCGGUGCAUGAGGCUCGCUACAGUGUUAUAGAGGUCGGCGGGAAACAUGUAUCGGUCAUCUUCGUCGGUUGGGACUCUAUGGAGGCACAUCAAGUCUGGGGCACGGAUAAUUCGGGGAAGCUCCAGGCCAUUGCUCCCUUCCUGGAGAGUGCGACGCUUGUGCACGUUCCGCUGAAAAUGCAAGUGUAGUUUGGAUGUACAAUCGGAUGCAGAACGGCACACACGAGGAUCAUUUUGUAGCCAAGCGACUCGGAACUGCCGGUGACCGCAUUGGGUGUCAUACUCCCGUACACAAUGGACUGGUCCUGAGAUAAGGACGACAGCAAG